AUGGUGAGCAACAAGGAUGAUCCCGGUCCUCGAUCUUUUCAGUUGACGCCACCUAUCUCCACUACCGGUACUCGGAGAAGCCUUCUAUCAGGACUCGUUUCGUCAGUUCCUUUUUUUGGGUCCAGAGUCAAUGCCGAGACUUCUGUACCGACACAGCAGAAGAAUGGAUUGGGUCCCUUGGCAGAUUUGGUGGGAACCUGGACGGGAGAACAAGGCAUCAACAUCGUGGCAGUCCCCAGUCGGCGAUCCAAUCCCAGCGAUUUCGGAAAAUUCGAGUUGAUUGUCCGACCCUACCGCGAGACACUCACGAUUACACCCAUUGAGGGACCCGUGCGAAAUCGUGGUGGAAACUUGGACCAAUUCGUGGGCGCAGUGGCCUAUGAGCAAACCGUCACUGCCACCGACCAUCACCCAGAAACCAUUCACGUGGAAAAUGGCAUGUUGUUUUACUUGGAAGAUAUUCAGAACUACAGUGAUGGAUCGCCAGUUCUAACAAAAGAAGAGACACCGCUCUACUCGGUGGCUCGCAGUGCAUCGAUACCUCACGGCAAUUCGGCGCUGCUCUUGGGAACGCACCGGAAAUACCGAGGGCCUCCCAGUAUUCACUACAUUAGUGCUCUGCCACCCAAUAUCGGUUCCAAGGCACCACCCGAGUUUGUACGGCCAUACUACAGGCCACUCAAUAUCGCCAAUCCCAACGAAUACCUUCAAAGGGCCGUCAGUGCCCAAACCAUUCUGGAAACCACGCAAUUCUCCAUGGAUUCUCGCAACAGCGGGAUCGUCUCCAACGUUCCCUUUCUGACCAGCCGUGCCGACACCACCGGCUUUCAAUGUGAUUUCUGGCUGGAGCGGGUACAACAACAAGAUACGGCAGCACGGAAAUCAUCGCUACAGCUGCAGUAUUCCCAAGUCAUUGACAUUGACUUUCACAAGCCAAUCGUCAGCAGCCCCGACGAGGACGAUGGCUCGCUCAUUCGAUGGCCCCACGUCACCGUAAAUACGCUCGUCAAACAGGAAUAA